CAAGCGCUCGCGAGCAUCGCCUAGCUACCUUAGCUUGCUCAGUCUCGCUGUCUGCUCUCUAGCUUCCUCAAUUCCUCCACAGACGGGCACGGCUCUACCAUAACGUGCGAGCUAGCUGUGGUGCGAGCCGGUUGAUGAGGAGGCCUGCUGGCGUGGGAGCUCGGUGGGCGCUGGCGCUGGCCCUUGCGCUGGCCACGGCCUCGUGCUCGUGCGUGACCCAUGGCGCCAGAACCACACCAAGUUCAGGCGCCGACGUCCUACGACCUGGCGGUGAGGCGACGCCCUCCGGAACCGCAGGCCAGGACGACUACAGAGGACAGGCGGCAUCCCCGUCAAAUCAGCAGAAGCGGGAGGGGGAGGGGCAGCAAGGGAUGAUGACGCUCAAGGAGCGAGCGGUGACGGGGUCGCGGCUGCCGGACUGCGCGCACGCGUGCGGGGCGUGCGCGCCGUGCAAGCGGGUCAUGGUCAGCUUCCGGUGCGCCGAGGCCUCCGAGUCGUGCCCCAUCGCCUACCGCUGCAUGUGCCACGGCAGGUUCUUCCGCGUCCCCGCCCUCUAGCGGCUCGCCGUGCUCCGCAACGUACCCCGGUCGGCGGUCGCGCCACUACUUUUAGUCUUUUACCGUUUAGCUAGCUUUGUGAUUUUGCUCUUGUUUGGUAUCGGCGUGAUGCUUGUGGAUCGUUUGUUCCUCGAGUGUUGUA